ACGCCGUCCUUCUGCUACCCCGGCUCGCCCGACCCGCGCUGCCCGCAGCCGGUGUCCCGCCUGCCGCCCAUGCCGUACCUGCCGCCCUUCCCCGACAGCCCCGGCGCCGACGAGCCGGCCCCUAACUGCUUCCCCGGCUCCAAGGACCCCCGCUGUCCCGCCGUGCCCAGCGGCCAGGCCUCGUACCUCGCGCCGCCCAACUGCUUCCCCGGGUCCACGGACACGCGCUGCAACGGCUUCACGGAGGGCAGCCAGGCGCAGGGCAGCGAGCUCGUGCCGCAGUUCCACUUCCUGCUGCCCACAGAGCUGAGCCGUGACGCCGACCCACCGCACCAGCGCAACCGGAGGGACGUCGGCGACCUGGAGGCCGCGCCAUCCGCCUUCCACCACGCCGCCGACAAGCAGCCCGAGCAGGAGUUGUUUUAUUUUAAAAAGUUACACUGGGGCUACGCCACCUAA